GUUCUAGAUGUUAGAAUGGUUUAGAUUGAACCGUUCGAGGAUGAUUAAAUACUUUAUUAUUAUUAUUAUUAAUAUAGACAUGAAGAUAAUUAGUAUUCCUCUGCAUAACAGUUGUGGAUAAACUUGGGUAAAAACACGCUGUGACUGUACUGGAAUGAUGGGAGUAGGACAGAACUGAGCAGUUUGGAGAGAAACUCACUAUGACUAAAGCAGCAGAGAAUGAAGGAAGAUACAGGUUGGACAGGUUCGGCCAGUGGGCUGGUAUUCUGAACACUCAAGACCAAUGGGGUGUGGUGGGAGUUAGGCUUCUCAAAGGAAAUGAUAGAAACUGUGGUUGGGAGAGGAAGAAGAAAAGUAGCUGCUUUUAUCAGCAUCGAAAAAGUUUAAUUCUUCAGAGAUCGACUAGACGAAGCAUCAAAGCUUGAACUCGUGAGGUGAAGUGGACUCUAAUAAGACUCUGAGCUGGACUGAUGUAAACUGACCUCAUUCUCCUGAGAUCCUGGGAAACUGAGACACGGCAGAAAAAAGGAGGUAUUGGAGAACCAAAGAUGGCUGAAGCUGCAAAGAUUGAACUUUUUGUCAAGGCAAGCGAUGAUGGUGAAAGUGUUGGUAACUGUCCGUUUUGUCAGCGACUCUUUAUGAUACUCUGGCUGAAAGGAGUCAACUUCACCCUCACCACUGUGGACAUGAAGAGAGCUCCAGAGGUAUUAAAGGACCUGGCUCCAGGUUCUCAGCCCCCUUUCCUCAUUUAUAAUGGAGAGGUGCGCACUGACACCAACAAGAUUGAGGAGUUUCUGGAAGACACCCUUGCUCCCCCACAAUAUCCCAAGUUAUGCUGCCGCUAUAAGGAGUCUAACACGGCAGGCGAUGACAUCUUUCAUAAAUUCUCUGCAUAUAUCAAAAAUCCCAAUCCUGGACUCAAUGACAUGCUGGAGAAGAAGUUUCUAAAGAGCUUGAUGAAGUUGGAUCAGUACCUGUUAACUCCCCUUCCUCAUGAACUGGACCAGAAUCCAGAGUUAUCGACGUCCACUAGACACUACCUGGACGGAAAUGCACUCUCUCUUGCUGACUGCAACCUGCUUCCAAAACUACACAUCGUCAAGGUGGUGUGCAAAAAGUACAGAGGUUUUGAGAUUCCUGCAGAGCUAAAAGGCCUUUCAAAGUAUUUGGACAAAGCAUACAAGGAGGAUGUUUUCCACCUGACGUGCCCCAAAGAUAAGGAGAUCCUUCUUGCCUACAGUUCAGUGGCCAAAUAUCUUAACAAGUAGAACUGGACUUCAAAGAGGGCGGAGGACAAAGAGUGUGUGGACUUUUUUUUUUUUGUGUAAAUCUUUUCUUGUGUUUGCUCCAAAAACAGCCUUCAAUAUGUAUGCUCUUAAUGGGAAUCAUUAUAUAUGGGUGGAGGUUGUUUUUGUUAGUUUUUCAUUUAAAAACCACAACUUGUGAAUAUCAGAUGCCUGCCCUGCUUGUUGCUGCCAUUUUUAGUAUUUAAAAGUGUGUCGCUUGUGUCUGUGGUUUUGAUGGCUUGCGUUUGUAUGAUAGCCACUCGUUUAGAAACAUCUGCGAAUGUUGUCUUUGAAGGCCAUAUGAAAUGAGACAUGUAAUUGGUUUGAAAUUCUACCCCAUGAGAAAAAAAUAAGACAAAGCACUAGACAACUUCUACAAGGAUGUUAUUGAUUUCAGGUGGCAUUAUUGUUUAUAAGGAUCUUCUCUUGUAACGUCCAGUGUGUAUGAAACAUCAUGCAAACAAAUAAAAUUGCUAUAAAAGAUCAGA